GGUACCCCAGAAAAAUUGAUUGAACAUCUCAUAGCCGAUCUGUCGAAUUUGGAUAUCACCUAUCCGGAGGAUUUUCUGCUCACCUAUCGAACAUUUCUUGACUCCCCACGACCAAUUGUGGAUCGUCUGUUGUCAUGGCACUUGCACAGCCCCAAGCUGCGUGCCCGUGUGAAUCGAAUCAUUCUCCUGUGGGUGCAUAAUCAUUUCAACGAUUUCGAGGACAGUGUGGAAAUGAUGCGAUUUGUGGAAAAGUUUGACGAGAUUUUGGCCAAAGAUGGAACAGCUUGGCGACUCGAUGAAUUCAUCAGUGAUCAGGUAUCUCCCGGUUGCUUAUAUUCUCAACACCUAAUGGCCAAGUUCCAACCGUAG